UUGGAUAAUUUGCUCCCCCACGGACUAGCGUAACGGGGCUCAAGGGCAAGGGUUCCGAAGGGAGUACUCGAAGGUGAGGGCGAAACAAUGGCCGCCAUGGGCGGUGCACGAAGAACUCUUCUGACCUUCCGCUCUUCUUCUCCGGGCCUCUUCACCGGUUUCAAUAGGUCACCCUCUUCUUCUCCGGCUUCGGCCUUUGCUCGCUUCUCUCGCCGCAGGCUUCCCUUAGCGAUUGCCAGGCUUCCGGUGGAGUUGGGUUGUGCGCAGUCUUUGAUGCCACUGCACAGCAUUACUGCUUCUGCACUGCUCACUUCAAUGCUGUCUUUAAAGCCUGGAAACUGGGCAUGGCUCUCAGAAGGAUUUGCAACGCCUCUAUAGCAGGACAGAUGAACUGGGAAAAAAGCAGGGACAUUCUGCUGUUCAGAGCAUAUUCAGUUACCUUCUUGUUUCAAAAAGUAUUUCCUUCAAAUAUUAGAGAACCCCACUGGCGUUUCAAUGGCCAAUUUCUGAGUGGUUUUUGGCCAAAACUUUUCAUCGUUUCAUGCAAGAGCUAAGUCGAGUUCACUUUAAUACUUUUCUGAUGUUUAUGUAUCUCUAAACUUGAGAAGAUCAGCAAUAUGGCCGGCCUAUAAAUUUUGAUGAUAUCUUAGUCAAGUUGAUUUUUCGGUUAUUUAGUUCUGAAUCUUUUUAGGGAUUUAUGACAUUAUGCAUGCUGGUACUGCUUAUGUUUAGUGCAUUUGAGGGAGGUUUCUCUAUGAAU